UCUGCAUUUACCCAUUUCUCGCACUUGCAGUUGCAGGUGGUGCAUUCUUUAUUAAUGGCUGCUCCAUUCCCUUCAAUAAUAAAUCCACACCAUAAUUCCAAUUAAACCUCUCUCUCUCUCUCUCUCUCUCUCUCUCUCUCUCUCUGGGGAAUUGCAAUGGCACUUCUCUCCAGAGCCAUCGCCUCUGUCACCAAACCCACCGCACCACGCCUCCACAAUCUCAUCCGAUGCAUGAGCAACGUCCCCGAAAACACCGUAUACGGAGGACCCACGACCCAGAACCCUAACCAAAGGGUGACCCUAACACACUUAAAGCAGAAGCAUCGCAAGGGCGAGCCUAUUACCAUGGUGACUGCCUACGAUUACCCCUCCGCGGUCCACCUCGACACUGCCGGCAUUGAUAUCUGCCUCGUCGGCGACUCCGCCGCCAUGGUAGUCCACGGCUACGACACCACUUUACCAAUUUCACUCGACGAGAUGCUCGUCCAUUGCCGCUCCGUCGCGCGGGGAGCUAAGAUGCCGUUGCUCGUUGGGGACCUCCCGUUUGGCACUUACGAGUCCAGUACUCAUCAGGCAGUUGAUACGGCAGUUAGGGUUCUCAAGGAAGGGGGAAUGGAUGCAAUUAAAUUGGAAGGGGGUGCACCGUCAAGAAUCACAGCAGCUAAAGCAAUUGUGGAGGCCGGAAUUGCCGUAAUGGGCCAUGUAGGGCUUACUCCUCAGGCCAUCAGUGUUCUUGGUGGAUUUAGGCCUCAAGGCAAGAAUGUCGCUAGUGCUGUCAAGGUUGUUGAGACUGCACUGGCUCUGCAGGAAGCUGGGUGUUUUUCUGUUGUUUUGGAAUGUGUGCCUGCACCUGUGGCUGCUGCUGCAACAUCUGCUCUUCGAAUACCCACCAUUGGUAUUGGGGCUGGACCUUUCUGCAGUGGUCAGGUGUUAGUUUACCAUGAUUUAUUGGGAAUGAUGCAACACCCACAUCAUUCCAAGGUAACCCCAAAGUUCUGCAAGCAGUUUGCACACGUGGGAGAUGUCAUAAACAAGGCUCUUUCAGAGUACAAGGAAGAAGUAACAAAUGGGUCGUUCCCAGGUCCUUCCCACACCCCUUACAAAAUUAAUGCAGCUGAUGUUGAUGGUUUCUUGACUGAGCUACAAAGGUUGGGUUUGGAAAAGGCAGCAUCCGCAGCUGCUACAGCCGCUGAGAAGAUUGAGACAGUUGAAUCGCACAUCGGAGGUAGCCCGAUACACAAUUGAAUCAGCAGUGAAUUGUAAGUAAGAGGUCUUCAUAUCAUUCAUCAUUACUCGGAUAGGAAAAUUUUGAGGAACAAGAACAUUCUUGUAGCUGUUGACGUCUUGCCAUUUUGUCCAAUUAACUCCUGACCACUGAAAUAAUUGCGUGUAUUUCAAAUGGGAAAUAGCUGCAAUGCGAUUGGCCAUUCGUCGGGUUAGUUAAGGUUUUACUGCAUCUGUAUUUUGUUGCUCUAUGAAUUAAUGAAAACCAUAUCCCUGGCGCUUUCCUC